AUGGCCACUUCCAGCUUAGCUUCAGCAGCCUCAAGCUUCAUGCUUUCAGCCAACACCAUCAACAACACUACCACACGCACCAGUUUUAUAGCUUUCAACAAGACCAACUCUAAAUUCAAGAGGUUGGUUGUCAGGGCGGAAGAGGGUGAAGCACCACCGCCGGUGGCUACCACCGAGACCAAGGAGGCCGUCAAGCCCCCGCCGCCACCGCCCAUUGGCCCCAAGAGGGCCCUAGUUUCACAAGGGCAUGCAUCCUACUCCUUAGGCAAAGAGAAGGUCACACACCUCCACUUCUUCUACCAAGAAAACCUUAGUGGAGACCACCCUACUGCAGUGCUGGUUGCCAAGCCCAAUAACACCACAAUCAAUGCUUUUAAUCUUGCAUCAUUUGGGGAAGUCUAUGUCCUUGAUACACCUCUCACUGAAACACAAGACCCAAACUCAAAGGUGGUAGGACAAUUACAAGGACUUUCAGUGUCUGUAGUGCGGGACGGGACAAUACUUGUGUUUAUGGUGGACCUUGGGUUCACUUCUGGUGAGUUCAAUGGUAGUUCUGUGAGUGUGUUGUCAAGAAACCCUAUAUUGGAAACAAAUUACAGGGAACUUGCUGUUGUUGGUGGCCGUGGGAAGUUUAGGAUGGCACGUGGGUUUGCUGAGCUACAUACAACUUAUAUGAAUGCUACUUCAAGUGUUGUUAUUGUUGAGUAUAAUGUUACUGUUUUUCAUUAUGAAUAA